AAACGAAAACCAGACAACAAAUAAAAGAGAAUAGCCGAUAAACCGCAUUCUGCGUCUGCAAAAGUAAAGCAAAUAAAACCCCCAAAAAAUGAGUUUCGUAAAUCAACAAAUAUUUGCAAAUUAUCAAGAAUAUAUUGAUAGUGAACAUGAAUUACGUGAAAAAAUCCGCACAGUGGUUCGUCAAAUCGAACAACAAGCCAAAGAAGCAACAAUCCACCUGCAAAUUAUCCAUUCCGACAUUGAAAAAAUUGGACAGGCCUGUCUUUUGGCGCGAAAGCUCUUCGAGAAUUGUGCUAUAGGUUACAAAUCUCUGGCCGAACUUAUUCCUGCAGCCCAAUAUCAUAGGUAUUCAGACCACUGGACCUUUAUUACACAGCGUAUUGUGUUCCUCAUUGCUUUGACGGUCUAUCUGGAGGUUGGAACCCUAGUGACUCGUGAGACAGUUGCUGAAAUCCUUGGCUUGAAAAUAGUGCAAUCCGAGGGCUUUCACUUGGAAAUCGAGGAUUAUCUUAUGGGAAUUUUGCUGAUGGCUUCAGAGUUGUCACGUUUUGCCACCAAUUCCGUGACUUUGGGUGACUAUGAGAGGCCUUUGCAGAUUUCCAGAUUCAUUGCUGACCUAAAUUCUGGUUUUCGAUUGCUGAAUCUUAAAAAUGAUGGAUUGCGAAAACGUUUCGAUGCCCUUAAAUAUGAUGUAAAGAAGAUCGAGGAAGUUGUCUAUGAUAUCAGUAUUCGAGGGCUUCGCAAUCAGCAGCCAGAGAAAAUUGGCGAUGGAGUGUAAAGUGGAAAGGAUUUUCUCUUGAAUAUUUUUUGUAUAAGUUUGAGUUUUUAUAAAGAAAGAAACAGCUAAUAAAAAAAAUCUUAUGAAUAAACAAACAAAAAA